AUGUCCGAGCCAAAUUCUCCCUGUGAAGAAACUAUUGGGCCAGAACUCUCAACCACCCAGUUCUCCUCAUUGCCGCCCCCAGCUGAGCCGUCGUUAUGUUAUGAACGGAAGUCGAUUGCGACAAGCGCAUCGUCGAGUGGCCCUGAUCAACCUGCGUGUGAUCCUCCCUCGUACCAAGACACCACGCCAGAUUCCGGAUUAGCGCCUCGCACACCUUUCGCCAGACUCAAAGGGAUUACAUCGCUACAGGAAGCUGGGAUGUCGACUGUAAGCUUGCGCUCCUUAAGAAGCAUUCCAAGCAUUGUAGUCAACGAUACUGGAUCCCGCCCUGCAUCUCGUCCAGGGUCUCGCCCGGGCUCUAGGUGGUCGGAGCGGAGAUGGGGCGGUUUGCGGAGCAGGGCGUCAAUGGAACUAAACCACAGACCAGAAUCACCGCCACCAGUUCCACAAAUCGAAGCACAAUUCAAUCCCAUCGCCCUAAAUAUACCCGACGGAUCACUUGACGGCCUUGCACCUCAGUCCCUCAGGUUUUCUAAACGCGGGAGCCUCAUCAAUGAAGAGGAAAGACAACAAUUAGAGCUCAAGCUCAAGGAAGAAGAAACAAAAGUAAGUCAGAAGAGGGAAGCAGAAAACCCUCAAGAUUACAGUGAAUUGAAGGACGAUAAUACUGUAACCCCUCGAAGCCGCCCGAAAGCCCGAUCAUUGCUUCGCGUUAGGCGAAGCGCUAUUCCAAGCAGAGCUAUAUCUGCGGAUGAGGACAUGCUCUCGCGCAGAGUCAGAUUAAUGUACGCGAAGGGAGAAGAAAAUGUGACCGACACGGAGGUGGCGAAAUCGUUCGCCAUGGAAAAUGGAAUUUUGUGGGAAGAGCCAAGUCUUGCAAACACUGAUGCUUCGGGGGAAAGCUCUUCUGGGAUAGAAACCAAGAGCCCAACGCCAUCUAGUGACCCUGAUGGGACGCCCGGUUUUAAGAGGGAAGCAAACGAGUUGGCUGGAGGUAUUGAGUACUGGCAGAAUAUCAGGGCCGGUGAUGUGGAUAGAUACGGCUUCAUUCGUGCUUCGCGGUCAGAUUCUAACGACGGCGCUGACCCUAGCCCUAUUCAAAGGGUAUCUACCAGCUUACUUCUUGCUUCGGAGACACCAAGACGGAAGCGUUCUAUUCGACCAACCUCUGCCUUGGCCAGCAACCGCUCAUUUACCGGCCGAUCUCCCUCUCGACAAAACUCCCAGCCAUCUAUGCGCCCAUCCUCUUCGCAGAGUACCUAUAGCUUCCACUUACGGAGAUCUACUUCUCGGUUUCGCCAAGCAACAAACCACCUCCCCCACAAUCGUGAUCGCCGCUUUAAAGAUGAGGCCGGCGAUAUGCUAACACAUCCAGUCCCUUCUUCGACAUCCGACGAUAAGUUAGACGCUGCUGUUGCUCGUGCUGCGAGGAAGAAGGAAUGGGAGAGAGAAGAUAAGUGGACUAAAAUGGCCAAACCAACGAAAAAGAACAAAGACGGGGGCGGUAUGACCUUCGAGUUCGACACCAAAAGCUCAAAGUUGAUUGAACGGACGUGGAAGGGGAUCCCAGACCGGUGGCGAUCCUCCGCUUGGUAUGCGUUCCUCGAAGCUAGCGCCAAAAGGCGUAGCGAUAGUCCCACAGAGGAGGAACUCAUCGAUGCUUUUCAUGAAUACCAGCUGGUAUCGUCCCCUGAUGAUGUUCAAAUUGAUAUUGAUGUCCCAAGGACCAUUAGUAGUCACAUCAUGUUCCGGCGGCGAUACCGUGGUGGUCAGCGACUACUAUUCCGUGUGCUGCAUGCAAUGUCUCUGUACUUUCCGGAUACAGGAUACGUUCAAGGCAUGGCGGCUCUUGUAGCUACAUUACUUGCUUAUUACGACGAGGAGCAUACAUUCAUCAUGCUUGUUCGAUUGUGGCAAUUACGUGGAUUGGAGCAACUCUACCGUUCGGGCUUUGCGGGCCUCUUAGAAGCGUUAGGUGACUUUGAACGGGAAUGGCUAGAACGAGGGGAAGUCGCUGGGAAGCUCAAUGAACUCGGGAUUCCCCCUACGGCCUACGGUACCCGGUGGUAUCUGACUCUUUUCAAUUACUCGAUUCCAUUUCCAGCCCAGCUUCGAGUAUGGGAUGUUUUCAUGCUCCUCGGUGACGCUGAAGACCACGCCCCAUCUAGUUCGAGUGGCAAGAGUACCAAUACUGAGGCAACGAGCCCAAGCAGCUUUGGAAAGGGCCUAGAUGUCCUUCAUGCGACAUCGGCCGCUCUUAUUGACGGCAUGCGAGAGAUUAUUCUCGAAUCCGAUUUUGAGAACUCCAUGAAGGUUCUUACCAGCUGGGUUCCAAUCAAAGACGUGGAACUCUUUAUGCGCGUCGCCAAAGCAGAGUGGAAAGUCCAUCAUCGAAAGAAGUCGGGAUGA